AUGAAAAAGAAGGGGUUCUUCUCGAGCCGAGAUAACACCUCUCCCAAAGCCAGAGAUCACUACGUUCUAGGCUCUACAUCAUCCUCUUCUACAACAACUUCUUCGUCCAACAAUAACCCUUCCAUCAAUGGAUCAUCAUCAACAACUACUACUUCCUCCUCAUCAACAACAACAACCACAGGUGGAGGUACUUCAAGUAGUUCCUCCUCCUCAUCAUCAUCACGUAAAAAGGGAUCCAAACAACAACAAAUGGAAAUCUCUCGACCUUCCAGUUUCAAACUCAUUCAAAGUUUUAAUACCAACGGAGCUUCUGGUGGAAGUGGUAACAAUACUCCACUCACCAUUACCUCUUCCACCAUGUUGGAAGGUCAAUUAUUACAGAAACAAUUACAAGAAAUUCAGAAUGAGAGUAGUAGUAGUAGUGAUUCAUCAUCUUCCAUGACAAGUGCUAGUCAUAGUAGUGGCAGCACGAGUGUUAACACUACUUCUUCUUCCUCAACAACCAUGACAAACAACAAUGAAAGUGAUUCAUCUUCACUCUCGAUUGUAACACCAACCAUGAACAACCGAAUGAGAACAGUGAAUCCUUUGGGUGAUGCUUCCGCAACGUAUUUAAAGAGUCCAACUAUGAGCAAUGCUUCGAUGGCUCCAUCACUCACUUCGGUAUUGGUACAACAGGGAGAUCGAGCACACCAUAAAACGAAAUAUACGACUCUUUCGAUUAGUACGCCUCGAGACAAGUCUCCUGUCAAGUCUCCUGAAAUGGAUUUGUCAGCUGACAACUUGAAAAAAAUUGAUGAGGAUUUUGAAAACGUUUUGAAAAUGAGAGCGGUCAGACAGUUUGAGAUUGAAUUCAUGGUCAAAAACUGGACCAUGAAACAAAAAUUAUCGUUGAUUCAGAUGAAUGACAGAUUGACACGCCCAAAUUUGGGAGAAAAUGGUAUGGACGGAAUUCUUUCAGAGCAUCCUUCACUUUCUGAUGAGAUUGGAGAAAUUCUUUCUGUGAUAUUUUCAUACUUGCAAGAGUAUGAGCAUCUCAUUUCAAACGUUAAACAUCAUCAAAAGAAAUUGAGAACCAUAUUAGACGUUUUGAGACACCUUUCGGUGUCCCUCCGUACACGUGAAAUUAAUUUUGUCAUUGAAUUUAUCCAACAAGAUGGUGUUCAUGCAAUGAGCUUACUCCUCACGAAGGUCAAUAGGCCCUACAAGUUGAACCUAGGUCACGACAAGGAACGAAAGAAGAAAGUUGCACGUCAAUUAUUGGAAUUAGAGGUUCUACAACAGGUAAUUCUUUGUUUUCAUGGAAUUGUUGACAUAGAUGAAGGAAUGGUCUCAUUCAUUCAACACGCAGAUGUUAUUAAACAUCUUUUAAUGAUUUGUGACUUUGAGGCAUUCCUCAAAGAAAUGGUAGAGUAUUCAAACUUUAUCAGUGAGCACUCUCAGAGUGAAAUGGUGACAAGUCCUAGAGGAAGUAAACCAUUCACUCAUCUAACCAAUCCAAACUCUAACAGUUCAUCCACUUCCACCUCAACAGCCGACAAUCAUACAGAUGGAUCAAGUUCAGAUGAAGAACCUGAAGCUGAUUUACCAUCUACGUGCACAAACAAUCAGGUUAUAACCUCUCCAAGAAGAAAAAUGACAAAGACUCUGAAAGGUCUUGUCAAUGAAUUAAUUAUUCAAAAAUGCAAUCUUAGAUCAAAGAUUCUACUGUUACUUUCUGUAAUUACAUAUUUUCCUGGAGAAAAUGGAUUUUGGGUGACAUUAGAGUGUGUCAACAGUUACAAACUAAUGAAGAAUGAAAAGUAUCGAUUCAAAGAGAUUGUCACAUGCUUAGAGUCAACAUUUUAUCACGAACAAGAGUUAUCUGCUCACAUGCUAAUGUUCAUUAAUGCCUUCCUGUAUGGGACAAAACAGUCAAGCUUUGCCAGCCAUCUUUAUAGAGAAUUUACAAAUAUUGGUCUCAAGCAAUUCAUCAAAACAAAUUCAGAAAAGCAAGGAGAAAUUACAAAUUCCAAACUUGCCACUCAAUGUAAAAUGUUUUUAGAUUACGAAGACACUGAAAGAAAACUAUUCCAAAGUGUCUUUAAAGGAGACAAUCAAAUUUCCAAGCAAGAUGAAGAAUUAUGGCUCUCAAUUUCUGAUCCUAUAGAAAUGGCACAAGUCAUGAAAAUGCGAUUGGGAGAAUCUGUGGAAGCCAACAGCUCAAUGAUUAACACUCUCAAGUUGCUUCUUCUCGUGUCCAUGCACAAAAACAAGGAUAAGCUUGACAAUAAUUGGAGUGUGAUCGAACAAAUUAUUUCACAAACAAUUUCUCCCUCAGGAGAUGUCCAAGAAAAAAGCGGAGGAGGCGCUGACCGAAUAGAAGCUUUGAAAUUACAAACACUCACUGAAGAGCAACGCAAAACCAUUCAAAAACUUGAAAAAGAAAGAUCCAAAGCCAUUGACAUUCUCGAUCAACUUUCAGACAUUACUCGCAACAACAAGCAAAAUGCCACACUCACAGUCGAUCAAUUAGAUUCACCUCAACAACAACAAGAAUAUCCUCUUCUUCACAAAUUAAUUCAAUUCUCAACCAAUCCUUUAUCAGAAAAAUAUGGUUUCAACAUUGAUGCCAAACCUCUCGAAACUGCAACCAUUCAUUCUGAUGCGACCAAUAUUCCUCCUCCUCCGCCACCACCAACAGACAACAUGGGUGGCAAUAUUCCUCCGCCACCACCAGGUAUGGAUGGUGGCAAUAUUCCCCCUCCACCUCCUGGAUUGGGACCUCCGCCACCACCUGGAAUGAAUGGCAUUCCUCCUCCGCCAAGUGGUGGCGGUCUCUUUGGCAUGUUCCAAACGAAACUUCCAAAAAUUCCUGAUCUUAAAGCGAGUACUGAUACAAGAAAAAUUCACAUUGCUGGUGACAAGAUUAAUAAUAAGGAAAUUGAAAAAACUGGUUGGUUCAAGUUAUUGGAAACUCAUGCUUCUUCUGCUGCAACAUUGUUCGAUACACGUUUGUUUGAGAAUAACUUUUUAAAGAAGGAAACAAGGGAUGCACCCACUGGAUCAGAUCCUAGUGCUCCUGCUCUUGUGACAUUCUUGGAUUCAAAAGUUGGCUACCAAUUGUCAUUGUUGUUGGGUUACUUGAAAAAGAGUGAACGAGAGAUUAGAACAUGCAUUAUUGAGCUCAAUGACAAGGAAUUGCAAAAACAAACCAUUCACGCUCUGAAAGAUUUGUGUCCUGAUGAUGAAAAGUUUAAAGAAAUUGAAGGGUUUGUUCAAAAAGGAGAUGGCUAUUUGGAACAAUUGGAACCUGGUGACAAAUUAUUUUACUAUCUCAAAGAUAUUCCAAGACUUAAACAACGAUUUACAGCUUGGUCUGCACAAAUUUACUUUGAAGGUUCUGUGAGAACAGUUGAACCAGAUAUUCAAUCAUGUAUCAAGGCAUGCAAAGGAGUAAUGGAAUGUAAGAGCUUCCAAAAAAUUCUUGCAUUUAUUGUAAUUCUUGUAAAUUUCUUGAAUAAGGCCAAGACAGAUAAGGACAAGGUUUAUGGAUUCAAGCUUAACUUUUUGACCAAACUUGGAGAUAUCAAAUCAUCGAGUGACCCUAACCGAUCAGUGUUGAAUUAUUUGUGUGAAUUAAUGCUCGUAAAAGAGGACAAAUUAAUUCCUACCAUGCUAAAUGAAAUUGCUGAUUAUGCUGAAAUUGGAAGUAGAAUUGAGGUUCCAGAACUCAAAAAGGAAAUUUCAAAAUUAGGUGAAUCUCUAAAGAUUAUUAGUACAGAGCUUGAUUAUUACAAGAAGGAAAAGAAAUUUGUACAUGAUCGAUUUCCAGCUCAACUCGAAGAAUUUUAUCAGCAAGCCAAAAUUGAAAUGGACAAAAUUACCAAAGCUCAGGAAAAGUUAGAGAAAACUCUCAAAGAUCUUGCUGUAUUCUUUGGAGAAAAGGAGAAGGAUGUUUGUGAGACACCUCACCUCUUCUUUGCAAGCGUAUCGACCUUCCUGAAGCAAGUGGAUGCUACUUUCAGCAAGAUUAAGGAAGAAAAAGAAAAGCAAAAGGAUGCCCAACUCAAGAAGGAGCUCAAGAACUUCCUUCAAAACCGAAGGACAGAAGGAAAUAUGGCUAUACUUUCAGCUGUUGCCAAUGGAGAUAUUCGAAAAUAA